CAUCAUCUGCACCUCUCUCAGCUCAAGCCUCAGACAAAACCACCACCUUAUACACUUUUGGUGAAGAAAAGUGUGCAAGUAGUCUUCAAAAACAUCCAAUGGCCACUAAGCAAUUCUCUUUUGGAACACUAGUUCUUUUCAUUUUGGUGAUCAACCUACACUUAGAAGGCACUACCGCGGAUAAUGGAGGUUGGCAGAGCGCUCAUGCCACCUUUUAUGGCGGCGGUGAUGCCUCCGGGACAAUGGGAGGAGCUUGUGGGUAUGGAAAUUUAUACAGUCAAGGGUAUGGAACAAGUACUGCAGCACUAAGCACAGCCUUGUUCAACAAUGGGUUGAGCUGCGGGGCUUGCUACGAGAUGCGAUGCAACGACGACCCCAAAUGGUGCCUCCCUGCCACCAUCACCGUCACCGCUACAAACUUUUGCCCACCUAACAACGCUCUGCCUAACGACAAUGGUGGCUGGUGCAACCCUCCCCUCCAACACUUCGAUUUGGCCGAGCCUGCUUUCUUGCAAAUUGCUCAAUACCGUGCUGGAAUCGUGCCCAUUGCCUUUCGCAGGGUGCCUUGUGUGAAGAAAGGAGGAAUUAGAUUCACCGUCAAUGGCCACUCUUACUUCAACUUGGUUUUGAUCACCAACGUCGCAGGUGCAGGGGAUGUUCAUGCAGUGUCAAUCAAGGGGUCCAGGACAGGGUGGCAAGCCAUGUCAAGAAACUGGGGUCAGAACUGGCAGAGCAACUCUUACCUCAAUGGCCAAAGCCUGUCUUUUCAAGUGACUGCCAGUGACGGUAGAACUGUGACAAGCUACAACGUGGUGCCUGCUAAUUGGCAAUUCGGCCAGACUUUCCAAGGCGGUCAAUUCUAGAUUGCUAUUGAUACAUAUUUUUUUCAAAGUAUAUUUUUCAUGAGCUUUUUUACAUGUGUAAGAAGGGGAUUGGCAAGCUGUGGUGGCUAAGUAAAAGAACCCGCGAGUCCUUUCAUAUUGAUUGUAACUUUCAGAGUUAUAAUAUAAAUAUAUAAUAAUAUGUGUCCUACC